AUUUAUCGACUUCUCCGGCUAAACGAACCCCAUUUUUCUCCUCUUCACUGCUCCAGUGCUCCUUCCAAUUUCUUCCAUGGAGCCGUUUAAAAUUUAAACCCUCAAACGCUCUCUUAUCCUUCUCCUCUUUCCUCCACCAUCAAUGUCUCCGCCUCGGGAACGAGCUCGCCACAGUGCUGGGCGACACCACGCGAGCCCUAUGCACUCUUUCCCCCGCCAGCGGCAACUGCCUGGAGGCUCAACCCGCCGCCGCUGUUCGCCUCAGUUUUUCAGGCAAACCAGCAGCAACCUCCACCGGCUCUCAGCACUGAUUACGUGACGAAGAGACUCACCGGCACGAAUGUGUACACUGUGAGCAACACGAACAACGAGUUCGUCCUCAUUUCUGAUCCUCAUGCAGCUAAGUCAAUCAGAUUGCUCUGCUUCCGCCAGGAAGAAGCCAAAGCAUUCCCGCGCCAGGUGCGAUUGCGGAAAAGGAACUGCGAAAUGCGGCAAACCUGGUGCCUAUUACUCUUGAACAGGUCGAAGGCAUUGCAUUCAGUUUUUUGCCAGAUCCCGUCAAAAAUAAAGAACACAUUAGAGGAAGACAUAGACAAGGAACUGGCAAAGGUUUCCAGGGCAUCAAGAGGCGUGCCUCAGGAUAUAAUGGUGGGAAGCCUAGAAGAUGUUCUGAGGAAAAUGGAGGUGCGACUGUCGCGAAAGGAACUGCGAAGUGCGGCGAAAGUUGUGCCUAUUACUCUUGAAUAGGUCUACAUGCUGAAGGUCGAAGGCAUUGCAUUCAGAUUUUUGCCAGAUCCCGUCCAAAUAAAGAACUGAUAUGGAGUCAGACCUUUUGGCAGUGAAGAACAAGAACAGGCGGUUCUGCCCUAUAUAUUUCCAAAAGGAAGACAUAGACAAGGAACUGGCAAAGGUUUCCAGGGUAUCAAGAGGCGUGCCUUACAAUAUAACGGCGGGAAGCCUAGAAGAUGUCCUGAGGAAAAUGGAGGUAAUGGUUUUGUUAGUUGAAUCAGUUUACAGUAUCGUGUGUUUAGUAUGCAGUAUUGUAUUGUGCUUAGUAUCGUGUGCUUUUCGUGCUUAUGGCGACUUAAUUAUACCUUGUGCCAUUCUAAUUUGAUUUUGUCCUGUGUGAAGGUGCAAUUGCGGAGUGUGGCAAAAGUGGUGCCUAUUACUCUUGAACAGGCAUAGAGCCAUGUUUGCUGCAUAUUAUGGACUUGAAAUUGUGAACUUCGAAAUGCUGUUAGUCUUGAAUAUGAAGAAAAUGUUUCACUGUAUUGGAAAUUGGUUGUUUAAGCUUCUGAUUGUACAUUUUGUAGGUCUACAUGCUGAAAGUCGAAGGCAUUGCAUUCAGAUUUUUGCCAGAUCCCUUCCAGAUAAAGAACACAUUGGAGUCAGACCUUUUGGUAGUGAAGAACAAAAACAUGCGGUUCUGCCCUAUAUAUUUCCAAAAGGAAGAAAUAGACAAGGAAUUGGCGAAGGUUUCCAGGGCAUCAAGAGGUGUGCUUCGCAAUAUAAUGCAGGUGGGAAGCCUAGAAGAUGUGCUGAGGAAAAUGGAGGUGCAACUGUGGCGAAAGGAACAGCGAAGUGCGGCGAAACUGGUGCCUAUUACUUUUGAACAGGUAUCCAUGCUGAAGGUCGAAGGCAUUGCAUUCAGAUUUUUGCCCGAUCCUGUGCAAAUAAAGAAGAGCUGAAAGCUUCUGACAUAAGGAAUGGGUUUGACGGAGUUAUGUUUUUCCACGAAGACAUGGACAAGGAACUUGCAAAGGUUUUGAGGGCAUCAAGAGGCCUACCUCAUAAUAUAAUGCUAUGAAUCGAAUCCCUUGGAAGAGCUUCACUCUGAAGAUUAGACAUUUUCAGUCCUUUAUGAUCGUUGUUUACUGAUGCAUGCAUAUGCUCGUCUUUUUGUUCUUGAUCGGUCUUCAGUUAAGCACCGACUAAUGGUUAUGUCCAUGUGUUAGGUUUUAGUUGCUGUAUUUGAGUCACCUUGUGUUUGUGUGUUGUGAUUGGGGAGUAUAUGACUCAAUACCAGCUUUGAGAUAAUUAGUGCAAAGAAUAAAGUGAAAAAUCCAUCUUAGGAGAUGCCAACUGAACUCUUGAAUGACUGUGUAGCCAGGGAUAAUAAUUGGAAUAACUUGUAGGAUACAUGAUCUAUUGAGCAUACGUGUUUUGUGAUAGUUUUUUUACCAGUUCAGUUGGAUGAGACAUUUUGAUGAUCUCCUAUUUGUUUUGGUGCUUACUUUGAAACUCCUGUGUUGAGAUUUGACUGUGUGAUGUACUUUUAUCUUAGCAGGCGGGGAGCCCAGGAGAUGUUGCGAGGAAAAUGGAGGUAAUUGAUCUGUUAGUUGGAUCAGUGUUUACAAUGUAAAGUAUUGGUCGUCCGCUAUUCAUGUUGGACUCCAUCAGUGUUUACAAUGCUAACUCUCGACGGCUAACUUGUUGGAACCUGUACCGAUUGCUUUCGGCUAGUCUUAGAGUUCGCGACAUGCUAGUUUACAUAAGCAGAGUCUUUUUUUUUUUAGCCUGGUGGUUGAUUGACAUGGAACCUGUACUUUUGCCUAGUCUUCAGAGUUUGGUGACGUGGAAGAUUAAGCGAUCCAGUCUUUUUUAGCCUGGCUACGCAGGAAGAUUGCUUCAAUCAAAGACAGCUUGAUUGGCAGUUAUAUAUGUUAUACAACUAUCCAUCAUCAUAUCUUGCUGCU